AGCAGGCGACAAUACAACACAACGCGUUGAACGUCUGAUGCCAGUGUGACAGUGUACGAAAUAUUUGCUACCGUGAUUUGUAUCGCCAUCAUUCGCUUCGAUUGUGUGUAAAUAUUUGAAACCUAGUUUCGAACUGUGAACAAAAAAAAUGGCAUCUUCAGCAGAAACAGAUACAUGGUGUGAUAAAUUGUGGACGAAAGUAAAUCGAAAGGGUCCUCACGUAUAUGUUGAUUUUUUCGAAGACUUUGAAAGCGAUUAUGGUGAACAAUUCAAAGAAUGGGAUCAGCAACUCAACAAUCAAGACUGGAAGCACAAAUUCUUGAAUCUACAAAAUGAUGCCGUGAAAAAUAAAACCGUUGCCAAUAUGUUCGAUAGCCAAGGAAACGUGCACUUUCAACACAGAGAAUUUCACAAAGCCAUGGAAAUGUACAAUCAAGCAUUGUGCUUUGCUCAAUUCAAUUCAGCGCAAAUGGGUGUUUUGUAUGCGAAACGUGGAUUUUGUUUUUUCAACUUGAACAUGUACAUUGAAUGCAUGGCCGAUACGGAAUUGGCAUUGGGCACUGAUUUUCCAUCCGCAUGGAUGUCAAAGCUGGACGAAUACCGGUCCAAUUGCAUGCAACACAUGUCUAAACCCAUAUCGGGCACACCAAACACACCAACAUUAAGUUUCGGCACCGACACCACAUUCCCGUGCCUAGCAAAUGUGAUUUCCAUCCGGAACGAUGGCCUCGAAACGAGCAUCGUGGCAAACACGGACAUUGAAAUCGGGAAAACGAUUCUAAUUGAAAAGGCAUUCACAUCUAUUGCAGUUGGAUAUGAUACGGCUUUGUGUUACGGCUGCCAAAAAAUGUGCAAAAACUUGUUUCCCUGUGAAUAUUGCACCGAUGUCAUGUUUUGUAGCAACGAAUGUAUGCAGCUCAACGGUGUGCACAAAAUCUCAUGCGGUGAAGCAUACAAUCGAAUGCCCAGCCACAUAAAAUUGGUUGUUCAUUCGAUUUUGGAAGCGAUUACUUCAUUUUCAACGAUUGGUGAUCUGAUUAUGUUUGUCAGAGCCACUGUAGCGCAAAAAGACAUCGACAUGGAGGAGAAUGCCAAAAUAUCGAAUUACGGCUUAUUUUUGGGCUUGAAACCAUCUUCGAAGGAACCACCGAUACAGCUCGUUUAUGAAGCGUACACAACGCUGAUGUCGAUGUCGACAAUUCAAUCAAAGUUCACCACAAAGACAGAGCAAAGUUUUCUGAUGCAUCUAGUCGGUCAUCACGCAACGGUUUUACUGAGCAAUUCUUACGGUGGAUUCGAACCAAACCAGAAUCAAUUCAUUUUGGCGACAAUGACAAAUGUGGCUUCACUAUUUCAACAUUCCUGCACACCAAAUCUCAUGCAACAUACCAUUGGCAAUCAAACGAUCUUCAUCACAAAUCAACCCGUGAAGCAAGGCGACCAUUUAUACAUCGACUACUGUCCAGAAGAGCAUGUGACCGAACAACGAAAGGAAAUGCUGAGACAAACCUACGAUAUCUUCUGCACGUGUGCCAAAUGCGAUCCACAAGAGCACCCAAUACCUGACCCAAUGCUAUCGAACGAUCCAUCGUUUUUGUACAUAAUACGCUACAAGAAGUACAUCGGUAGCGGAACAUCGGCUCUUUUGAAGCAAAAAUGUAUCAAUUUCCUGCAACAGCAUCGAGAACAGCCAUGGUCAAAGGAAAAGGAAUACGUUAUCAAUGCUUACAGUAGAUGCAUGUUGGAAGAUUUUGGCCAUGGAAAGUAUUAAACUUACAUUGACUAUCAUGACUAAGUUGUUUUUGAAUAAAAAAAAAAAAUGAAUAUGUCUUAUUUUCAAACGUCAGAACAUUGAAAACAUAACGAAUGAAACUGUAUUAUUCAAAGAUAAAACGAAAAGAAUGCUCUUAUUCAUACAAAAAGCAUAAGAUUCGAACAAUUUACAUUCAUAAAAUGCAUUUAUUUUUUCAACAAUCAUCAAUAAACUCCAAAUAAACGAAAUGUUGUAUCGAA